AUGACAAGAAGAGAGAAGAGAGCAUUACCCGCCACCAAACACCACCCCACCACCACCAUCUUUCCACCAACAACCACGCCCUCCUCACACUACUAUCAAGAACCUCCACAACCACCAUCUUCCCACCAACCACCACCUCCCUCCUCACACUACUAUCAAGAACCUCCACAACCACCAUCUUCCCACCAACCACCACCUCCCUCCUCACACUACUAUCAAGAACCUCCACAACCACCAAGACCAUAUUUUCAAGAAGCUACCUAUGCACCUUCACCACCACCUCCAUUUCAAGAAACUCAAGUCAUUCGCACAUCUCAUCAUUAUCCACCACCACCACCACCAACACAAGUGAAUCAUGUUUCUCAUGAAAAAACUGAAACCCAUCAGUCUUUUAAGCCGCAUAUGCCAUCUUCCAUUCACCAGCAAACUCAUCAAUCUGGCUCUGCUUCUGGGCUUGACCUUUAUAAUAAACCUAGCUUCAAGGUUUACAGCAAAGCUGAACCUGAUUUUCACCUCACUAUUAGGGACGGAAGAGUGAUUCUUGCUCGGUCAAAUCCUUCCGAUGAUUUCCAAAACUGGUUUAAAGAUGAGAAGUACAGCACCAGAGUGAAGGAUUCGGAAGGAUGUCCUGCCUUUGCUUUGGUAAACAAGGCCACCGGUCAGGCCAUAAAGCAUUCCAUUGGAGAGGCAAACCCUGUAAGAAAUUCUCUGAGAUCAUGAACUUGUUGAAAGUUUGUUCUUCUAUGUCUUUCAUUUUCAUGUCUCAUGGCCUUGACCUUUAGUUGCGGAAAACAUGACUUUGUAAAGCGUCAUUUUUUGACAGAUUUUGUUUCAUUUCAUUUUAUAUAUGCAUUUGUGUAUUCUCGUUUUCUUCGAUACUGAGUCCAAAUAGCCCAUACGUUUUGGAAACAUAGAAGGUGCUCGUAUGAGCUUGACUCAACGUUGUAUAAGCAGCUUUUAAACCUGAUCAAGGUAAUUUGGGACUGAAAUGUGAACAAGAGCUACUUUUAAUGAUUUAAUACGUUGUCCAAAACUCUAUAUUCUAUAGGAAA